AAGGUUCUUCUGUCCCAAAACACCGCCUCUCUCUCUCCUCUUCGAUAUCUCUCCCACUGGCCCGCUUCCAUCUUUCUUCCCUCUCUCUGUCGCCACUGCAAAUCUGGAGAUAAUCCUUCAUCUUCUUCCCCAUUCAUGGAGUUGUUACCUCGAAACUUGGAGAAUCUCAAGGCCGUAGAAACUCGCUCUGACUCAAUCGUCUCUGAAUUCGCCAAGGACGAGUCUACCGAGUUUGCCCUCCCGGUGGUAUCUUCUAGCCAGGGCACUCAUAUGACGGAUUCUGUACCUUCUGAUUGGACCGAUGAGAAGCACCAUUUGUUUCUUGAAUCCAUGGAGGCAUCGUUUGUCAGCCAAAUGUUUGAUUCUGUGCAUUCAGUUGGUUCCUGCCCCAGCAAGGAAAAUUCUUCACGCGCAAAAUUGCUCGGCCAAAGCCAAUCCGCCUCUCAUGUUCAUUCACAUUUUGGCCAGUUUAAGGUUCUUCGACGAGGCAGCUGGAAGAACAUUAAUUUUGAACCAACUGAAUCUCGGUCGAAUUUAUUAAAUGAUUACCAAGCUCUCUCACAUAAUCCUUGGAUACACCACUUUAGAGCUGCUCGUAAAAACAAAAAUGUUGCGUGCAAAAGUCAAUCUAUCGGUUCAAGAGGGAGGAAUUCGUUGCCAUUCGGAGCAGCUAAUAAUUCAGGAUCUAUGCGUGCUUCCGACUCUGAUUUGUCCCAGCAAUUUAUCAGCAGUAAUAAAGAAGUAUCAGAUCAGAACUUUGUUGAUGAAGAAGCUGAAAAAGGAAGCAGUGAUUGUAAUGCCAAAAGGGUCAAAACUCCACAAACCAAUGCUUUGAUCAAUGACCAGGUGUUCCUUAAGUUCCAUGAAAAGGAGAUGAUGUUUAACAAGAAUUCUAUUACAGCCUGAAGAUAGCUAGAUCCCAGAUUGUCGCCAAGACGUGGCAAAAGACUUACCGACUACUUUUCUAACUCGGGAAAGGCUAUAGAAGAUCAAAGAUUGUUGGUGGUCUAUAAUGCUCCUUUUGAUGUUCUUGGGGUUUUUUCUUUUUCUGGUAAUGUAAGUUCUAAUACUUUUGGGUAUCUGCAGUUACGUAGUAACUAGAAAAUCAGCAGCUAUGUUUUUGACUGGGUAAAUGUGUAUGGUAUUGUCAUUCAGCAUAUGUGUAUAUAUGUAUUUCUUUUGGUAUAACAAGAUUAUGAAACAUUUUUUUCUAGUUUUCUCCCCUUUUGAUAAACAGAAGCCUGAAAUGAAAUUGUAAGAAAAUUCUAAUUUUCUCCUCAA